CCUUCACGAUGACCAGCCUCCUGGGAUUCCGUUUGGGCCUGCUUGUUCUUCUCCUGUUCUCGAGUACAGCGAAUGGGCUGUAUAUCUUGAGAAAGAGAGCGACUAUUUGCAAUGGCAGGGCGGAGUUGUGCAGUCGCAGUUAUGGGAAUACGACGUUCUUGACAUCGCAUAACGCUUUUGCUUGGAGCCCACUUCCACUGGCGCUUGCCAGGACACAGGCCGUCGACGUCCCAACCCAGCUUCGCUUGGGUGCGCGAGUGCUACAGGCGCAAUCGCACAUGAAAGAUGGGCGCUUACAUUUCUGCCAUACCACAUGUGGGUUAUUCGACGGAGGUCCCGUGCUAGAUUUCCUCCGGACAGUCAAGACCUUUUUGGAAGCCAAUCCAUACGAGGUCGUCACCCUCAUUUUUACCAACCCCGAAGGGCACUCGUUAACCGACGUUUGGAAACCCAUCUUUGACCAAGCUGGUAUAACCCCUUUGGCCUAUGUCCCACCUGUCCGACCUGUUCGAAGAAACGAAUGGCCGACUUUGGGACAGCUUAUUGAUUCCAAUAAGCGUGUUAUUGUCUUCAUGGAUCAGUACGACAAUUCGGCGGUUGAUUUCAUCCUACCGCAAUUCCAGAUGAUGUGGGAGGACCCGUUCUCCCCGACAGACCCCAACUUCCCGUGCCGAAUCGACCGUACAGGAGGACCGUUGUCGGAUGACGACCACAUGCAUUUGAUCAACCACAAUCUGAAUAGGAAUAUCAUACCAUGGGAUUUGGGAACGGUACUCAUCAGCGACUUUGCGAAUGCGCCGAGAACGAAUAGCAUGUCAUCGAUUAUGGCCCAUGCGAAUGGGUGCGCUAGGUUCUCGCAGGGUCGAGCGCCGAACUUUGUGCUACUGGAUUACUUGGAUGUUGGGGAAGGGAAGAAAGCAGUGGAUAGGCUGAAUGGGUUUUGAAGUGU